AUGAGAGUUUAUCCAAAUUUCAACACGUCAAAUUACUCACAAAAUGGAAAUACUUUACCGAUAAAUAACACUCCUAAUCAAGCAAAUAAUUCGUCAGCCAUUCAAAAUGCAUCCUCACAACAAAGUAUGCCUCAAUACGCCCAGAAUUAUCCCGUAAUUAACAACAAAUAUGGUAGCAGUCAGACAAACAAUUACCUACAAAAUACAAAUAAUCAGCAAAUGAACAAUAACCAACACAAUCAGGGAAACAAUAAUGCUACAAUUAAUCCAAAUCAGAGUUAUAACUAUAAUAUAUAUAACAAUUCCACAAAUUUACAACCACAAUCUGUUCACCAGGGUUCACACCCUUCUUUGAACUAUUCAAACAUUCAAACUACUGGCUCCUCAUAUAAUAGUGCUUCAGGAAUGAAUUUCCCGCCCCAACCAGAAUCAAGAAUUAACACCCCCCCCAUGCAACAAAAUAUGACAUCGGCGCCACAUUCUGGCUCUUCUACAAUAUUCCAGCCAGGUCAGUAUCAGACAAAUUUACAAGCUCAAGAGCGCCAAUACCAUCAGCAACAACAACAGCAACAGCACCAACAACAAUAUCAACAACAACAAUAUCAACAGCAACAGCAACAACAACAGCAGCAACAACAAUAUCAGCAACAACAACAACAACAGCAACAGCAACAACAACAACAGCAACAAUAUAUGACUGAGAAUUCGACCAAUUUUGUUACGUCUUUAACUAAACCAGUACAAUCUAGAGUAGAUCCAUCGCAAAUACCGAGACCAAUAUUUGGAAACAUAACUGAGAAAGAUUGUAAUAUUUAUGAAAGUGACAAGUAUUCAUUUCCACCAAAUUCUCUUGUAGAGCCACAUUCAAUGCUUAUAGAUAGAGGAAAUGCGACAAGCAAGUUCUAUAAAUUAACUCUAAAUCAAAUUCCAAGUCAACAUUCAAUUCUACAGUCAAUGAAACUUCCAUGUGCAGCGAUCAUCCAACCAUUUCCACUUUUGAAUGAGUUUGAGAAGCCAGUACCAAUUGUGAACUCCUCAUCUAAUAUAGAACCAAUAAGAUGUAUAAGAUGUAGAGCUUAUGCAAACCCAUUUACUUGUGUUUCUCAAAGUGGUAGCCAGUGUCUUUGCAAUUUUUGUGGGCACACAUUUGACAUUCCAAUGGACUACUUAAGGUUAUUACAAUCUCAAGUUAAGACGCAAAGUUAUCAAUUUCCAAGUGAAGACCAAAACAACUAUCCUGAGAUAUAUCAUGGUGUUGUGGACUACUAUGCUCCGGCGAGUCUCGGUGUAACUACAACUCCAGAACUACCUUGUUACUGCUUUGUAAUUGAGGCUUCUUCCAUGGCAUUGCAAGGAAACGUUACAAACCUUAUUUUAUACUGUCUUAAACAUAUUUUCACCCAGCUGGCACAGAGUUCACCAGAAUCCAACGUUAUUCUUAUACUCUAUUCAAGGGAAAUCCUCUUAUUUCCAUACCAAAAGUUGAAUGAAGAUUCAAAGCCUCCAAUUAAAAUGUGUGUAAUAUCAGACAUAAUGGAACCCUUUCUUCCUUGUCCUUUAUCAGAACUGUGUGUCCCUGUUGCACAAGGACUUGAAUUUCUUCAUGAACUUAUUGAUCGAAUUCCUUCUUUAAUAAUCUCACACUCAACUCCUCAUAAUGCAUACUUUUCUGCAGUUUCUCUCGCCACCCAAAUAUUUAAAACAAGAAAUUCUACAGGGUCUAUCUUUUCUUUUGUAAAUUCUGUACCUAAUAUUGGGUUUGCCGCCAUAAAUACUAAAGAGACCAAUGUGGCACCUAAAUCUCCACCUCGCAGAGCUUCUAAAGGGAUGAAGCCGUCAUUGGGGUUUGUUUCUGGGUAUUUAGUGCACAAUAUUCAGCAACUGGAUACUAUAAUUCAAGCUUGUAGAGAAAAUAACGUUUCUCUGGAUACUUUUAUUGUAACAGACAUUGGCGAAAGUGGUUCUUCAACACGAGAGCAAAUCCAGGGAGCUUCCAGUCCUAGUGGAGGUAUGGGAGCAAUAUUUGGCGCCAAUUCAGUACCUACUAGUACAUUUGCAUAUUUAUCACAGCACACAGGUGGGAAAACACGUUUGUUUGCGGAGUUUCCUUUUGAAAAGAUUUAUAGAGAUAUUUACCAAACCCUUUGCAGUAUAUUCUUUCUACAAAAUGUGGCUUAUGACUGUACAUUUAAGCUACGUUGUUCGAAAGGUAUUGCAGUAUCGAAGAUAUAUGCACCAUGGACAGCAGGUAGUCCAACUCCAGACCUUUCAGCUUUCCAAAUUCCCAAAUUAGAUAGCAGUACUGCAAUAGCAUUCCUUCUCCGUCAUGAGGAGAAUUUGGAACAAAGAAAGAGCGUCUUCCUGCAAGCUGCUUGUUUAUAUACAUGCAAAGAUAAACGGCAAAGACUAUUGAGAGUACUUACUAUAUCUAUUCCGGUUACUACUAGCAUUACUACAGCUUUUAGAUAUGCUUCUAUUGAACCUAUAAUCAAUAUUUAUGCAAGAAUGGCAGCCCACCAUAUUGUAUCAAAAGGCCAGAGAGGCUUUUCUGGGUCCUCUGGUUCCUCUUCUGUAGGAUCAUCAGGAGCUAUAGCUGCAGCAACAUCAGUAGUUCCCGGACUACCAUUCUCUACUAAUAAAAACUCCAGUGCAAUCCUCACUGCUUGGAAACAAGAGACUCUAAAUUCAAUUAUCGACAUGCUAUUUUCAUACAGAGAACAUUGCGCAAAUACAUCAUCAACUGGACAACUUAUUCUUCCUGAUUCUCUUAAGCUCACUCUAAUUUAUAUUUCAUCAUUAUUUAAGUAUCCAUCACUGAUGCCACUGAACACUGUUUUAGAGUUUAAUGUAUCAGAACAGCUGGUUGGAUUGUAUGAGCUUCUUCAUGCGUCAGUAAGCUUCACUACUGCUAUGCUUUACCCUAGACUCUAUCCUUUGCAUCAUUCUAUAAUUUUAUCAGAAUCUACUAACGACCUGCAAAAGCUUGAAUCUGUUGGACUUCCUUACCAGAUUUCUCUCCAAAAUGAUUUAUCUAACAAUACUGGAAAUAACCCCAAUUUAAUGAGCAUAAGCAAUUCCAUUUCUGGAUCUACUUUACCAUCUGAGGCUACUAAGAUCACCAGGUACUGGCUGAAUCACUCAAUUGCCUGUUCUGGAGAAAGAAUCCUCUCGGAUGGAAUUUAUGUAUUAGAAAAUGGAAGGGAAAUAUAUCUUUAUGUUGGACCCCAGGUAGACUCUGGAGUCAUUUCAACACUUUUUGGCGCCAGUUCUAUCAAUUUUGAAAACUUUAACAGACUCUCCUUUCCUCCUGAAGACUAUUCACCUACAAUGGAAACUAAUAUUGAUAUUUCUAAACGCAUUUCAAAUGUAAUACAACAAAUUAGAAAUGAUCGAUUUUCUGUAAAUUGUUACAUACCUGUCAUUUUGGUCUCUCCAGUCUCACAAAAGGUCGAGGCCAAGUUUAAGGCUAUGUUGGUUGAGGAUUCAUAUGGCUUUGAAACUACUUAUGUUGACUUUUUGUGCAACGUCCAUAAGUUGGUCCAAAGCAAAAUAGUUGACUCAUAA